UUAUGAAUCCGGCCAUGAGAUCUUUAACCUUUUCUCAGUCAAACUCUGCUGUACUAUACUUGCCCCCACUUUCAGCACCAUUUCUUCCUUCUUUUUAAUGCCAUGGCUUUAGAAUCUUCAAAAACUGAUCCAUAUCAUUCAAAAAUCGCUUUGUAAAGUGUGCCGUGUGUUCUCACCAUCUAUUUGCUCUCUUCUUUCAUUCCCGCAGGAUUUAUUCCCAGCUUCUUAGCCCAGUCAAUCUCCCCCAUCUCUGGUGCUAUGGACAGCAAGAGCCCUGAUCUUCGCGAAGCCUCGUUUUCUUCUUAUCUCACCCAGCAAGAAGACAAUUUUGUACUUAAGCUGACAGAUCAGUCGGUGCAGUUUACCCAUCCUGCCAAAAUCACUUCAAGCCAAGAGAUUUCCCUCCCUGCCAGGUCAGAGAGGACUAAAGCUGAAGAGGGGGAAAUCAGCGUCUUUGGCGCGGAGAGAUACUUCAAUAUGAAACUGGAUGAUGAUAGUCCAAGAAUCGUUGACAAUAUUAAUGCUGGAAAGUACGUGCAUGAGAAAGAAUACCCGGUUGAUCGACAACGGAUGAGACCGAGAAGCAGAUUAGGAACUCCAAGUGUGAGUUCUGAAGCAAGUUGGAACAGUAAAAAAGCUUUGCUACCAAAUACCCUGAGAAAUUCAUCUCCAACCAGGCACCAGAAAGUCAAUGAAAGAUGGUUCUUUCCAGGCUUUGCCUGCAAUGGCUCUUGUUCAGACAAGAAAUCUGUUUAUACGGAUAAAAAUAUUGGUCACAGAGAGACUCGUGGAAAAGAGCUCAGGAGGGAAUCUGCUCGCAAUCCUAUCGGACUGGAAGGGACUAGAAAGCAGUCUCAAUCAAGCCUAAUCCAGGUGAAAGAUGAGUUACACAGCCCGAGCUUUAAAAGAACGAGUGUUGGUUCAAAAAGAAGAGAGUACUUUGUGUUGCCGUGUGUUAAUUCCGGGGUGCAAAACUUGAAUCUUAAAGGAGGGGAGCAGAAGAUCAUAGAAGACGACCCACGAAUAUCCCUAGAGGUGUUCGGCUCCCAUUUGCUUAAAAAGGAAGAUAUAGCACUGAAUCUGGAGAGAAAGCUGUCUGUGCUAACAUGGGAUGCCAUCCCAAAAUCCCCACACCUCCCACCCACCUCAAGCAGUAGCGGCCAGAUGUAUGAAGAUAUUGAAAGCGAUGGCAGUUCGGAUCUGUUCGAGAUUGAGAACCUAUCUGGAAGUUCACAUCUACAGCCUAUAUUCACCAAGCAAACAUCUGAUGGCAUGUCUAGCUGUAUGACACCAACCAGCCGGUACUAUGAGCCAAGUGAGAGCAGCAUUGAAUGGAGUGUAGUCACCGCCAGUGCUGCUGAUUUCUCAGCUGUUUCAGUGGACUAUGAUGAAAAGAUGCUGGCUGAAAAUAGCAUAAUUAAUCCCUAUUUAGCAUCCACAGUGCCCAGAAGAAGCCGCCCAAAUGGCCUAUUGGGAUGCAAUAGUCAGAAAGCAGUAGAUGUUGCUGAAACUGCACACAAGAGAAACGACAAGGCGAAGUCUCACUCGCAGCAGCUUCGAAGGACAGACGCACCCAUCCCACUGCGGAAUUUACAGGCUCAUGAGAAUAUGGUGAAAGAUCCUGAUUUCCCUUGAAUGAUUCCCGAUGCAUUUUCAGCAUAACAAAUUAAGUAAGCUCUAUUAAUUAUUUGUUGAACUCUAGCUCGAUCAUGAGCGUCUCCGCUUCUUACAUGUAUGAAAGCAUGAACAUUCAAACAAUAUUAAUAUCAGGGAAAUAAUUAAGAUUUGCAUCUGAUAA